UAAGCUGCCAAUUUUAACUCUAUCAACCAAGAUAUAUAUUUUCACAUUGUAUUUAUUAGCAUUUCAUUGACAAAGCUGUGUUCUUUGUUAUUGCAUCCUCUAUCUGAAAAAUACAUCAUCAAGUGUUUCCACUUGUUAAUCUGACCGAGAGUAUUUGUGUUCAAUUCCGAUGUCAACGAAACAAGUUCUUCACAUGAAUACUGGAGUAGGAGAAGCAAGCUAUGCAAACAACUCCACACUUCAAAGAAAAGUGUUAUUUGAAAUGAAGUCAAUACUAGAAGAAAGUAUUAAGACAUUGUUGCAUCACACCACUUUUAAAAGUAAUUUGAAAGUGGCAGAUUUAGGAUGCUCUUCAGGACCAAAUUCACUUCUGGUCGUGUCCGAUAUAAUGAGCGUCAUCAACACAACUAGAUUGGGCUCAAAGCAAGAGGUGCCCAUACUCCAAGUUUAUCUUAGUGAUCUUUUUGGAAACGAUUUUAAUGGUAUCUUCAAGUUACUUCCUGAUUUCUACCAAAAGAUACAAGAUAGGGGAGACAAAGCUGGAGCAUGCUUUAUAAAUGCAACUCCAGGGAACUUCUAUGGGAGGCUCUUUCCUAAUAAUUACAUCGAUUUCUUUCAUUCUUCGAAUAGUCUUCAUUGGCUCUCGCAGUCUCCAGAAGAAUUGACUAAAGGGGCAGAACCACUGAACAAGGGUCAUAUUUAUUUAACAAUCAAAAGUCCUAAAAUAGUGUAUAAAGCAUAUUUUGAGCAAUUCCAAAGAGAUUUCAAUCUAUUUCUUCGAUCACGUUCGAACGAACUAACACUUGAUGGAAGUAUGGUACUAUCUUUACUGGGAAGAGAAAAUGCUGCAUUUGAAAAGGGUACUACGCAGGACUUAAUUGAGUUGGUACUGAAGGACAUGGUCUUGGAGGGUUUGCUUGAAGAGACUAAAUUAGAUUGCUUUAAUAUGCCUAUAUAUAUUCCUACUGUGGAGGAAGUCAAACAAAUAAUUGAGGCAGAAGGAUCUUUUACCCUUCAAACACUGAAAACUAUCCAAAUAAGUUUGGAUGGACACCUUCCACAUGACAUGGAUACCAAAAUUAAAGGAGAGUUAAUUUCCAAGACCCUCAGAUCCGUCGUGGAACCACUUUACUCUGCUGCAUUUGGCAAAGGUAUCAUGGAUGAAUUAUUCUCAAGGUUUGCACACAAGAUUUCACAAGCCAUUGAGUUUGAGAAAUUGCACUAUACAACUUUAAUCAUGUCCAUGACAAAAGUUACAUGAAGAAGGGGAACAAAUAGUGUAUACUUGAAAAUUAAGUUCUCAAUUCUAAAAUUGAAGUUAGCUUAUCCUAGCAUUUGCUGCUACAUAUUCCUCUGUUGAACGUGUUGUGAUGGUCUACCUAAUCUGCUACUAGUGUUGUAAUAGUGUCUCAAAGUAUCAAUCUCAACAUAUUUAUCUCAAAAAGUACUAGAACCUGAUUAAUUAAUAUAUAGUUUGUGCAAACAUGCAGUAUACA